AUGCAAGGGUUCCUCACAGGUGAAAGUAGCCACACCUUCAGUGGAUAUCAAGUAUCCAUCCUUGAAGGGCAGUGCGUCCUGCAAGGCAUUGAAGCAGUCACCAAGAAGCUGCCCAAGAAGCGGAGGAAAUCUCGUAAGCAGAGCUAUUCCACCCAUGUGUACAGGGUGCUGACCCAGGUCCACCCUUCCACUGGGAUCUCGUCCAAAGCCAUAAGUGUUAUGAACUCCUUUGAUGUCGGCGUUUUCAAGCACAUUACCUCUGAGAUCUUGCACUUCAUUCAUUACAACGAGCUCCACACCAUCUUGGCCAGGGAUAUCCAGAGCGCCAUCCGGCUCAUGCUGCCAGGGGAACUGGCCAAACACACCGUCUCUGAAGGCACUAAAGUGGUCACUAAAUAUACCAACUCCACAUAG